AUGGGUGCAGCGGAGAUUCAGGUUCCAAGUUCAGACCUUGCUGAAACGUCUGCCCCUCAUUUGAUGCUGUUGUUUCCCAAGCCCAACAAACGUUUGCAAAAUGUUUGUUGCAUCUCAGGUGAAGAGGAGUUGGAGACGCUUCUUUCCAAAGAUGGUUUCAAAGAGGAUGGUCAGGUUCGAUGGCUCCUUUCUCAAGUCAAGAUCGCCCUGGGCCACCUGAAAGAUGACAAGGUGAAAGAGACUGUUGGAUUCACCAUGGCUUCUGACGCAGAGAAGAUGAUUGACGCCAAGAAGGAACAAGAUGCCGAGGAUGAAUAUCAUGAAUGCUUGCGAAAACGCUGGCGCGAGGACGAGGGCAUGUUUCCUGACCAUUGUGUGAUGGAGCAGCAGCCUGACUUCAAAGUCGGUGGCUAUGAUGAUGCAGCACAUCUGAAAUUUUGUUCUUCAGGUGUCCAGAAGUGUGCCCGAUGUAAAUGGGCAACCUACAAAACGCAAUGGCAGAAAGACCUGCCAUGGAUAGAUUCCAAAGUGGAUAUGGAGACUGGCCAGUGGGGCAUUGGCUGCCGGCUCUGCCAUGAUUCUCAGCAAGUGUCCCCUGAAGUCAUGUCGAAGUUUCCCGUCAGUAGACACCAUUUCGCAAGAUUCGAAGUGAGCAGUGGAGAGAUUCGCAUGGCCCGUUUUCGAAAGCAUGCAGACUCACCUGCUCACAGAACAGCUGUGAGCCUGGCAUCUGGCAAAGUUUCACUGCCAGAAAUGGAAGGAUUUUGUCCGACGCAUGCUGAGUGGAUGUCCGUGCUGGAGCAUUCCAAGCCCAAUGACUGUCCUGCUGAUAUCAAAGAUGUUGGCAAUAGGAAAAAAGUUCACAUGAUGCGAUGGUGCCUGAGUGAAGCAAUCAGGCAAGCGCAGCAGGCCUUCAUGCAAGAUGCCCUGUGUGUAUCCCUGCAGCAAGAUGCACGUGGCCGAAGAUUCCUUGUCCGCUUCCGCGCAGUGAAUUCCAAGUUGAAAGUCUGCACAGGCACUCUUCAGCUGACAAAGAUCACUUACAGCCCGGACACUCCAGGAAAGCAGGAAAAGGAAACCGACUACGCCUUGCUUCGGCAUCUCACCCAGAAAGUGGAGUGCAUGGCAGCAGACGCAGCAGCUGACGAACAACUGGCCCUCCGAGACCUAGCCGGAAUCAGCGGGCCAAACGUUGUGGAAUUGCAAGAAGUCAUGAGCCAAGCGUUUCCAAACUUGAAGGUGCUGGGAAAAGACAGAGCUCAUGCCGCUCAGAGGAUGUUGUCCCGUCCUUGGUCCGCAGAUGCUGUCCUGAAGGAAGUGGUUGGGCAUUUCGUGGAAAAGCCGCAAUCCAUUGCAAGGCUGAUUAACAACAGUGAAGCUGUCAAGGAUUUGUAUGGCAAUUUCCGAAAGAAAACUGACGAACUUGUUCCCAUCAGCAAGAAUAUCCGAGAUUUGGCGUUUGCGCCGCAGAGGUACAGCUCGGAAUCCAAAGUGCUAGCCAGGCUGGUGCUGACAUGGGAUGCAGUCCUCGGUGUUCUCACUGCUUUGCCAGAAAUCAGAGGCAGAACUUCAACUGAAGGGAAUGCAUGUCUUGAAACAUUGGCCUUCUUGACGCCGGAGAAAGCGCUCCUUUUGGCCAUGCUGGCCGAUGCAGCCCUGGAGCUCCACCGUGUCGUAAGAGCAUUCGAUGCAGAGGAGUGCGAUGAAAGUGAGCUCCCAUAUGAGCUCGACAGGUAUCGCUCGGUGAUCCGCAAGUUGUUCAUCGAAGGAGUUUGCCUGCAUGUUGGCUUGACCAAGCUGAUGCUGAAACAUCUUGACAAGCAGAAACUGUUGCUCUCUGCUGGUUUUCGCUGCACUUUUGGAGGGCCAGGGACUGUCACGCAAGAUGUCAAAAGCAAUUGCCUCAAGAGAAUGGCAGCGUAUGUAGUUGUCACUGAGUCUGUCCUUGAGGGUGAGUUCCCCAGCUUCCAGCUUGUAUCGAGCCUGCGCGUCUUCAGUUUGUCUGAUUCAUCCAGGACACAAAAGCAAUUGGAGUCUGGAGAAAGAAACAAUUGCUUAGAAAAGAUAGCAGAAGCAAUAGGCAUCGAUUCAGAAGCGCUGAAAUUCGAAUUCCAGCAUUUCCACGCCAUUGCUGAGAAGAUGGCCGGAGUUGAAGGCAUGCAGAACUUUGCUGCAUGGAGCGCAGCUAUUGCGCGUACAUCCAAGAGCCGGAUGCACAGUGCAGAAGCCAUCAUCCCGGCGCUGGCGAGACUCGGCUGCUGGUCCUGUAGUUCCUCUGGAGUCGAACGCGGCUUGGGGGCAGCCCAAAAUUUGAAGCAAUUGGGGCAAAGUCAAGAUGACCAUGUGACUGGUGAAGAAACUCUGCUGAUCCUACAUCAGGAUGCCAGCAGCCACGAUCAGAAGACCCUGAUCGCAGCUGCGAAAGACUUGUGGGUGAAGAACUGCUCACGAGUUCGUAGCAGUGGUCAGACCAAGCGGGUACAACUUCGUCGUCGACUUCACUGCCAAAAGACGCUGACGACAGCGGACAAGAUUGCAGAAGUCUUUGGGGAGAAGCAGUUGCGAGAAAUUGCUUUCAGCAAUGAGAAGGAGAAGAAGGCUCGCAUCGAAGAGCUGCUGCUUGGAGUGGUGCGACGCGAAGACAUCACGCCUGAAAUGGUGGCCCUGGCUGAAGAGUAUGCAGGUAAGGUUGCCAAGAUUCAAAGAGAGAGGAACAAUGACCAGAAAGUCAUCCAGAACAAAGUGUCCCAGAAAGCAGCUGCCUGGUCAGACGAUUUGCCCAUCUAUGCUGAUCCAGCAUGCAACGCUGUUCUGCCUGAUAGUGCGGUCCUCGCCCCUAAUUUGCACAGCGGUCGGAUCUUUGUCGUUUCCGACCCUUGCAAUUGCAAUGAGGAAGUUCGCUUCAUGGCUGGCCUGGUGGGCGGCUUGUUGGCCUCCAAGGACUUUGUCGAAUCCAAGGGCGUCAGAGGUGUUGCGCUAGCUUUUAAGCCAGCGAUCAAGACCAAGAGGCAUGUUUUCGUCACGCCCGCGUUUAUGCGGCGGCAUGCACAGCUUUGCACAGAGUUCAGUAGCAUUUUGCAACUUCAAGAUUGUAAUUUCCAAUUGCUCAACCGAGCAUCUUUGCAAGACAUGAUUGGCAAACUGAAUGUCAGCAGAGCCCGGCAAUUGUUGAUUCUGAGAUCCGAUGCAGGAGACGAAGUCUUUCCUGAAGCGGUUCGUUUGGUCUUUACUUUGUCCGAGGCAGUUGAUCAUUUUGUUUUCUGUGCAGAAGAUAAGAGCCGCAGCCGGAGCGGCAUCGCAGAUCCUGAGAAGGAGCCUGACGGCCCGCCAAGCUCGCCGUCUACGUUCGGUGAGCUCUGGCAGGUUCUAUGGCGCGCCGGUGUACGGCCGCACACCGUGCCACCAGUCGCCCCCGUGCCCCCGACAGUGCCGCCCAUGACGCCGCCGACAGCGAUGCCAACCCCAGUGGCACAUGUGGCGCCCAUGACGACACCGGCAGCGAUGCCAACGCCACUGCAACCUGUGGCGCCCAUGAUGAUGCCGCCGCCCACGGCGCCAACAAUGCCAGUGGGAAGUGUGCCCAUGGGAAGUGUGCCCAUGGGCCCGAUGGCUCCAAUGGGCUUACAGCCGCCGAUGCCAAUGGCGCCGGCAAUGGGAGUGUCUCCGCCAUGGAGGGCGCAUGCGGCUGCCACGCCUGCUGGCAAUGGCACAGCCACCAGGCCCAUUGAGGUGCCGGACGAUGAGAGCAAAAACCCAAAGAAUGGGAAAGGUGCCAGUGCUAACCCAACCUUGGGUCUCAGGCGUUGCAAGGUCUGCAACGAGAAGGCGUACUCUGCCCGUGGGGUGUGCAUGAACACUGGCUGCGACCUCUACAAAGCCCACUUCGAAGCCAAGUGGCCACAGCACCACAAAAAAAACCGUGGAAAGAAGAGACCUCUCUGGUUCGAAAAGAAGAAGCAGGAGAAGAAGGGCCGCUGGAACACCGAAGAGGACGCAGAGGACGAGUGGGCCGACUGGACGGACUGGUACUCAGGGCCGACAAGUGAGCGCAGGGACGAUGACUGGAAGUCAUGGCAGGACUGGGGGAGCGGCAAUGGCCAAGGCGUGGAAAAAGUUGCUUUGCUGAGCCUGCUGCAGGGCUGCGGUGUUUUUAGCGCCGCUGCUCCAAAACAGAAGGCAGCGAAGGCAGCCGCAAAGGCUGCUGCUGCUGCUGUGCCUGCAGCAGGCUCUCCUGAAGCUUUGGCUUUGGCUUUGCCACUGCAGCAACCUAGUAGUGUGAACGCACAGGCCCUGACUCUGAACGGCAAGAUUUGGGCCACUCACCUUGAGAAUGUCCGUGUUUUCAAAGAGCAGGCAGUGUCGGAGGACUUGGUGCAGAUGAAGCCUCUUGACCGCAGUUUUGCCCAGGUCUUCGACGAGAAUGCUGCCUUGGAAAGCCUCAAGCGAGAUGGGAAGUACAUGUGCUUGAUCAACCUCUUGUGGCUUGACCAGACUUGGUCACCGACACCCCAGAUUCCGAUCAACAAAGGCGCAGUCGAGCAGAUCAAGACUCACUGGUUUGCACAGCCAUGCGGCAUGGAAUCGCAGCAGGUCACGGUUGGCAUCUUGAAGCAAGAAAUGGAUAGCAAGACCUUCCCCGCCUCCGGCACGUGGAAGAGACUCAGCGCAGAAGAGAGCAUUCUGGCGUUCUUUGAAGCUGCAAGCGCUGAAGCGGCCAAGGUUGCCGAGGGUGCUUCUGACCUACUUUUGCAGCAGUGGCUCAACCACUGUCUGACCUGCCCAGUGCUGAUCCGAGUGGUCUCUGACGUGAAUGAAAUGGAAUGGGCUGCCCAGCAAUUGCGUGAGGAUAUGACGCAGUUGUCUUUCCUGCAAAGGACCCCGACUCAGCGCAUCUUUGAUGUGAUGCAGAAGCGGGACUCCAUGGGCGUUUCCUACACAGCAAGCUUCCUGCAUCACUCUUCAAUUGUCAUGGACCGAGCCUUGCGGCACCCACACAUUUUGGAAGUGAUCUUGAGUGAAGAAGGCACUGGUUCUGGCAUUUGGGACGCUGUGAGCAAGUUGCAUGCCGUGUGCAGCAAAUCUUCCCGGCAAGAAGAGGUUGCAUGGAUGUUUCAUCACAUGCAUGACUCCAGAGUGGCAGGGCUUCUGGAUCCAAACCAGUCUGUGAGAUUCUUCACUGGUGAGGGCAGGCCCGGUGGCAAAGGCCAUUGCGACCUUCUGCUCUACAAGCUGAGGUUUCGAGACUACAUGGUUGGAGAUUUCCUUCUGAGCACUGAAGCCAAGGAUUUGCCAGAGAAGUACCGCGUGUCUUUGAAAGAAGUCUUUUCCUCGCACGUAGCUUUCCGAGCAAAGUUUGGUUUCCCAAGUAAUCCCAAGGAUCUGUCCUGGAAAGCCGGCUGGUCCCGCUCCGCAGAUCACAUUCUGCAAUUGGUUCAGGACGUGGUCUUUGGCAUUACUUUCGACGACAACUUGAAAGCCGCGCUGGUUGCUGGCAAGUCUCCCUUGGAUGCGCUCAACAUGGACACCAAGCUUGGGGAGCGCUACUCUGAGUUCAAGACCUUCCUGCGCCACGAGCUCGACGAAGCCAGGGCAGAAGCAUCUGCAGCAGCCCGAACUCAAAUGCAAGGCGAAGAGGCUGAGAACCAGCGAGAUGACUCAGGCAAGCCUAUCCGCAGUGGUGCUUACAAGGCAUUCCUGGAGGAUGUGCAAGCCCGCGUUGGCGAGAUCAAGAAAGAAGAGUUGCUUGACAGCAUCCAGUACUAUGAAGACAAGGCCCGAAAUCUGCUGGCUUCGAAUGUGCAGAUGUUUGUCUUUCCCAGCUCAGAGAAGGAAUUGGGUGAACUGUUGGAGAAAACUGCAGCUGCCCAAGCACGUGGCGCUGGCAAGUCUUUCGUUGGCAUCCUCUGUGAUCCUGCCCAGUGGGGGGAGGCAAUCACCAAUCCUCACAUCCGAGUUUGUCCCUUGAACGUGCAGUACUUGAAGACUUUCCUGUCGGCUGUGAUCAAGAGCCGCGACAACCAGCAGUUGAGCAUCCAUAGCAGGGAUUUGUUCAUCUACUUUGAUUCUUUCUUGCCCGGAAAUCUUCCCAAAUGGUUGGGAGCCUUUCAGACCGGAGGCGGUGAUGCCAUGACCAAGCAGUCUUUCACAGUCUUCGUCAGCUAUGAUGAAGAUUCUUUGACGCAGCGCCGCCAGUACAUCAAGUCUUUCGGAGAUUGCAUGACCAAGCAGAACCGGAAGCACUUCAAGGGCUCCAACUUUGGAAACAAGAUCGGCGAUGUUCUCCUGGACAGCCCUCAAACGUUGUGGUCCAUGACCUUGAAGGACAAGGUCACUCUCUUUGGAAAGUUCCGUGUUGCUGUGGGCGGUCGCACAACUGGAGAGUCCGAGAGCCACCGGGGUGUCACCGCGCGCAAGUUGACCAGUCAAGAGCCUGUGUUUUGGCACAGCCGCCCCAUGACUUUGUGCUUGGAACUGCUGAGUUCCUACAAUCUCUGCGCUGUGCUGGACGCCGGCGUCGGAGACGGACAGAUGGCUUUGGCUGCUGCCCUGCAGCGUGUGCCGUACGCAGGAGCCUGCUUGACUGAAGAGCACAUGGCCGCUGUGACGGAAAGGGUUGUCUGUCAGAUCAUGCUGAAGAUGCUGCACAGCAAUGAGCCGGUCUACGAGGCCAAGUUUGCAGCCAGAAGCUCUGGGGCAGUUGGCAGUGGCAGCGCCACUGAGAGCGGCAGUGGCAGUGGCAGCGGCACAGCUGCCGAUGUUCUGUCCGAGUUCCGCAACCAGUUGGCCAACUUGGGCAAUGGACACGCAACGGCAGUAGCUCCGCAGCGAGCAGCUCGGAAAGUUGAGAAAAGACCUGCCUCCAAGGGAGGCAGAUUCAAGGCUACCAGGUCUAAGAACACGCUGCUCCCUGCCCAGCCUGAGACAGUCGAACUCUUACCUGUGCUGCCUCCAAGUUCUGUAGUUGAAGUGACCUUGGCAUCUGAUUGCUCUGGUCUUUGCACAGAAGGGCCAGCAGUGCGAGUCAAUUUGCCUGCCACAGUCAACGUGAAGCACGUCUACGCCUCUGAGAUUGAGCCGAAAUUUAGGAAUUUCAUUACUCAAUUUGUGGAGCCUCAGUACCUGGAGAACAACAUGGAGAACACGCAGCAUCUUCAGCCUCUUUGGUUUGAUGUUGAUCUCUACACAGUUGGCAGCCCUUGUCAACCUUGGAGUGUGGCUGGUGGCAAGGACGGUGCUUCAGAUCAAAGAGGCAGUCUCAUGGCCUUGAUCCCCCUCCAGAUCAAAAAGCAUAAGCCUCGCAGCUUUGUGUCCGAGAAUGUGAAAGGUCUUUUGAGCCUCUUUCCCAACGAGUUCAACUGGCUGAUUCAGAAUUUGAGAGACAUUGUGCUUCCCAACGGCUACAACGUCUACUACAAGCUAGUGGACACGCAGGAUUUUGGAAUUCCACAGCACCGAGAACGGGUCUAUGUCAUCGGCAUUCGUAGAGAUGUGCAAGUGAAGCAGUUUGAGUGGCCAUUGGCGUGCAAGGAGAGGCUCACACUGAAGCAGCUCCUAGGCAACCCCGCCACAAGUGAGAAGCGCAACUUGCAGGAAAUGACGCAUGAUGCCGAUGGCUUGGCUCUUAGCAACACCGUCCGCAAGAAUUUGAAACAGUUUCAAGAAUUUCUCGAAAAAAAUCCUGCCAAGCGAGACCUUGACUUCAUAGUUGACACAGGUGGAUCAAAGGCAAAUUGGAUGCAGGACACGUGCCCUUGUCUCACAGCAAGCCGGUGUAAAGGAAAGCAUGGAUAUUGGUGGCAUCAGGGCCAAAGGUUUUUGAAGCCACGAGAUUUUUUCUUGCUUCAGGGCAUGUGGCCUGGGGCAUAUGGGCGUAAAGAUGUUGCGCAAUGUGUUCCAGCAAGCGUGUUAGGCAACAUGCUUGGAAAUGCCAUGAGUGCUGGUGUGCUGAGUUUUUGGCUCUCAUCCAGGUUUGAACUGACAAAGUGGUUCAGUAACAUGGCAGCAGCUCGUCCUGCCAAUGCCAAGCCCCAAGGUGUCCUGGCGAAAGCUGACCUGCAGCUGGGCAUCCGUGCCUUUCUGCAAUGGGACCCCAACCUGAGGGCAAAGAGUGAGCAUGAACUUGAGAACGCUCGUGAAUGUUUGCUUUUCUGCCGGCAAUUUUUUGUCGAAGACAGGACCAGAUCCGUGGCGCUUGCCCAGGCAAUCUUGUUCCUUACAAUCCUGCAGAAUUCAUUGAACUAUCCUGAGGAUGAACUGGUAGAUGUGCCAUGGACCGCUGACUAUUACGACAAGAACGCAGAAAUCCAGGCCUUGCAAGAGAAAGUGAAAGAAUGCGUGGCUUUGAAGUCAAAGGCUGGCCUGGAGAGAAAAAUUGAUGAGGUGGAAAGCGCUGCUUUGUUCAUUGCAAGUGCCAUGGGAGCCAUUGGGUCAGGAAUUCCCCAGGCAGCGCAUUUGCAAGGCUCCGCUGUUUGCCUGGACGACUUGUACGUGCACUUGGAGUUUCGCUUUGCAAAUUUGGAGACUUAG